CCACCAACAGAGCGGACGACGCCGGAACUAGUAAUGGCAACGCCGGAACUAGAAAUGCCGCCAACGCCUGCUUCUUCUACCACCACUCGCUCUUCCCUUCCUCACACCACCGCUCGCUCUUCCCUUCUUCAGGAGUUGCAGGAACUAUGGCUCGAGAUUGGUGAAAGUGACGAUAUGAGAGAGAAGAUGACGCAAGAACUUGAGCAGAAAUGUCUAGAUAUAUACAAAGAAAAGGUUGAUGAAACUCGCAAGUACAGAGAUGAGUUACAGAGAUCGUUAUCUGAAGCUGAAGCAGAAAUUGCCAGCCUCAUUUCUACACUUGGUGAACAAAAAGGAGCCUCUUUAAAGGAUCGCAUUUCCACUGUAAAGCCUCUACUGGAAGAUCUGCGGAUGAAAAAAGAUCUGAAAGGGAAAGAACUUUCUGAGAUACUGACACAAAUAGCAGAGAUCUCUUCUAACAUAGCGGGGAAUGAUUACCCUUGUAGCUCUGGCGAUCUGACACAAACAACAUUGGAUGGACUUAAAGCAUAUUUGCAGUAUCUUCACAAUGAAAAGGCUGUUCGACUGCAGAAAGUAAACUCGUAUAUCAGUGUUGUCCAUGAGUUGUCAGAGAUAAUGUCAUUUGAUCUCUCUGAGGCCUUGCUUAAAGUCCAUGAAAGCUUGACUGGAUGUUCAUUAAGUAUUUCUGAUGAUACGCUUGCUGGAUUAACAGAACUUGUAGAGUCUCGGAAGAAGGAGAAACAUCAGAGGCUGCUUCAGUUACAAGGUUUGCUAAGAACAAUGCAUGAGCUGUGGGAGCUAAUGGAAACACCUGUGGAUGAGAGGGGAAGAUUUGGCCAUUUCAGUAGUUUACUCUCUCAGGCAGCUGAUGAUGCCUUGGAAAAAGGGUGCCUAGGUCUGGACAUUCUCCGGGAGGCUGAAGCUGAAGUGGAAAGACUGAAUGCCCUGAAUGAAAGCCAAGACAAAAUGAAGGUCUUGCCCAUUAAGAAAGCCAAGACAGUAUAUAUACAGACUCGUGAGACUAAUUAGGUCUUAACUAAUUACAUUUAGAUCCUUUCCAUAUUGUUAGCAUAUACUCUUAUAAUAAUUAUAGGAUACUGCAAGUUAUUUUCAGAUAUUAUAAACAUAGCUGGCGUUG